CUGCAAUCAAUUAAACAAACGGCCAGGGGUAGCGCGCUAAACACGCGCCGUGCGCGUCGUGUCCGUGUUUUCGAACCCUCCCCACCUCCACCAGAAUCUCGAUCUCCAGCCGAACCUGUUGUCCCUGUCAACUACUACGCCUUUCGCCUUCGUUCCCUGUUCCCCCAUAUCCCUUCUUCAUUAGCAGCAGCAUCAUGGAUACAUUGAUGCUCAGAGACGAGGCCACGCGCGAUCGCGUGCGCCAGGCACAGGAGUUCCUCGAUCCACAUGACCAACAUGCGCGGAGCUACAGGCCAGACAUCAUCUUGAUGUUGCAGAAGAACCAACGCAGACUCGUCGUUAAUAUCGAUCGUGUCCGCGACCACAACCCCGAGAUGGCGGACGGCUUGCUCUAUGACCCCUUUAAGUACACGCUCGCCUUCAACCAUGCGCUGAAGGAGAUCGUCAAGACGGUGCCCCAGGCGCGACCCGACCAGGUGGAUGCCGAUGUGCUGUACUACUGUGCGUGGGCCGGCAGCUUUGGACUCAACGCGUGCAACCCGCGGACACUGUCAUCACAGCACCUCAACAGCAUGGUCUCUGUCGAGGGCAUCGUCACACGUUGCUCCCUGAUCCGGCCCAAGAUCGUCAAGAGCGUACACUACGCCAAGGACACACAGAAAUGGUAUUUCAAAGAGUACCGCGACCAAACCAUGACCGAGGGCGUGACCACCUCGAGCGUAUAUCCCACCGAGGAUGAGGAGCAGAACCCGUUGACGACCGAGUAUGGCCUGUGCACCUACCGCGAUCACCAGACCAUCUCCAUCCAAGAGAUGCCCGAGCGAGCACCUGCAGGCCAGCUGCCCCGGGGUGUCGACGUGAUCCUCGACGACGACCUCGUCGACAGGGUCAAGCCCGGCGACCGCGUCCAGCUCGUCGGCAUCUUCAGGACGCUCGGUAACAGAAACACAAACCACAACAGCGCUCUCUUUAAGACGGUCCUCUUGGCGAAUAACGUUGUCCUGCUUUCCACCAAAUCCGGGGGCGGCAUUGCGACCGCCACUAUCACCGAUACUGACAUCCGGAAUAUCAACAAGAUCGCCAAGAAGCCGAAGCUCUUCGACUUGUUGUCGCAGUCUCUGGCGCCAAGUAUCUACGGCCAUGAGUACAUCAAGAAGGCGAUUCUCCUGAUGCUUCUGGGAGGGAUGGAGAAGAAUCUGGAGAACGGUACGCAUCUGAGAGGCGAUAUCAACAUCUUGAUGGUCGGUGACCCGUCGACUGCCAAGUCUCAGUUGCUUCGCUUCGUGCUGAACACGGCCCCGCUGGCCAUUGCCACCACUGGCCGUGGCUCUUCGGGUGUCGGUUUGACUGCGGCUGUGACAUCUGACAAGGAAACCGGCGAACGGAGGCUGGAGGCCGGCGCCAUGGUCAUGGCUGACCGCGGUGUUGUCUGUAUUGACGAGUUUGACAAGAUGUCGGACAUUGACCGCGUGGCCAUCCACGAAGUCAUGGAGCAGCAGACGGUCACAAUUGCCAAGGCGGGCAUCCAUACCUCGUUGAACGCACGCUGCAGUGUCAUCGCUGCUGCCAACCCCAUCUUUGGCCAGUACGAUACGCACAAGGACCCGCACAAGAACAUUGCGCUCCCCGACUCUCUGCUGUCCCGUUUUGAUCUUUUGUUCGUCGUCACGGAUGACAUUGAAGACACCAGGGACCGGCAGGUGUCGGAGCACGUCUUGCGCAUGCACAGGUACCGGCAGCCCGGCACGGAAGAGGGCGCACCGGUGCGCGAGAAUGCAGGCCAGGCGCUGAACGUGGCGCUGAACCAGCAAGCCGACUCGCAGCGACCGACCGAGGUGUUCGAAAAGUACGACGCAAUGCUGCACGCAGGUGUAAAGGGCACGGGGAGGGGGGCCAAUAAGAAGCCUGAAGUGCUCAGCAUUCCCUUCAUGAAGAAGUACAUCCAGUACGCCAAGACGCGUAUCAAGCCCGUCCUGACGCAGGAGGCGGCGGACCGCAUCGCCGACAUCUACGUCGGCCUCCGCAACGACGACAUGGAGAGCAACCAGCGCAAGACCAGCCCGAUGACGGUGCGUACGCUCGAGACUCUCAUCCGUCUUGCCACUGCGCACGCCAAGUCCCGGCUUUCCAACCGGGUAGAAGAGCGCGACGCCGCCGCCGCAGAGUCCAUCCUGCGGUUUGCGCUGUUCAAGGAGGUCGUCGAGGACGAGUCCCGCAAGAAGCGGCGGAAGACCCGGCCCCUGGAAGACGCAAGCGAAGACAGCGAUUCCGACGAUUCCUCUGACGACGACGGAGACGAGGCAAAUGGCACCGCCAGCGGUAGCACUGCACGGGCGAGCACGGCCCGCUCAACCCGAGCCUCCCAGCGCGCCAACGGCCGCCGUCGACCGCCGCGCAGGAACGGCACCUCCCCCGGAGCAAACGGGGAGACCAACGGCGCCACCCCGGAAGACGCCGAGGAAGACCAAGAGGACAUCUAUGACGCCACGCCGCGCCGGUCAACGCGCACUACCCGUUCUGCGGCCGCCGGCCCAUCCGGCUCAUCCAGCCAACCCUCCUUCGCCUCCUCCGUCCCUGCCUCCCAGCUCCGCACCCAAACUCAAGACGACGAGACCCUUGCCUCAGGCACAGCCAACCUCACCGUCAAUGACGACGACGAUGAGGAGGAGGAGGAGGACGACGACGACGCGGAAGGCGAUGAAGACGGUGAGCAGGACGAGCAGCCGAUCAGCGAGCAGCGCCUGGAGCUCUUCCGCCGCACGCUGGGCCAGCUGCUCAAUAGCCCGCUGUUCGAGGACGACUCGGCGGGCGUGGGCGAGCUGAUCGAGGCCGUGAAUCGUCGGGUCGGCAGCGCGAAUGGAGGAAGCUUUAGCCGGGAGGAGGCCGUCCAGGCUUUGAAGGAGAUGGAUGAGCGGAACCAGAUUAUGUAUUCCGACGGCGGAUUGGUGUAUAAGAUUUGAGGGAGCAGGGCCGGUGAUGGGAAACAGCAACGGCUGUUGGUUCAAGUUGAGGCCAGGGGUGGGAUGAAUAGUCGGGGCGUGUUCUUGUUGUUAUUGAAAAUCCUGGGAAUGCUUGUUAGGAAAUCAGGCGUUGUUAUCGGGCACCAGGUGGAUGGGUAUGGCUGAUGUAGACGGUAUCCAAGUUUUGGUAGUCGAGGGGGUAUGAAUGACAAUUCUCUGAUUCAACCGCAGAAAUGGAUGGUUGGCGGAAUCCUUUUCUUUUUCUUUUUUGAAUUCAUUUUGCCUGCAGUUACCUUUCGCUCUUUGCACUGC